AUGGCUGCUACCUCAGCCAAUAAGAACGAGGAGAGCGAUCGCUCCAAGAAAGAGAACAGUUCCGACACCCAGAAGAUAGAUGAACUGACUGCCAAGGUUGAUCAGCUACUAAAAAACAACCAAGGGCAGAGCAAUCGGCAAGCUAUUCCAGCUACCGGGAACAGUCAACCAGAUGAUCUGAAGGGUCUAGGUAUGAUGAUGCAACAGCUGUUGCAGGGUCAGCAGGUUCAGGCCAGGGCGUUGAAUCAGGUUUCUACAGACAUCAACACCAGGAUGAACAACAUGUUCACCGAGCUGAAUACAAAGUAUGAUACUGUGAGCAACUACAUAAAGAGGAUUGAUGUUCAGCUUGCUCAAACAGCUGAGAGUGUUAAGAGGCAGCAAGGUAUGCUUUCUGGAAAGAGUGCGAUGAAUCCUAGGGUUGAGCACUGUAAUGCAACAAAGCUGAGAUGUGAUAAAGCUGGGGGAAAAGAACCAGAGCAACUGUCUGCUGAGACUGCUCCAGGUGCAGAAGAGAGAAUAGAGCAGCCUGCUAGCUCUGAAGUGACUGCUCCUGACGAACCUAUUGAGAUUCCACCAGUGCGAGUCUAUGUUCCUAUGCUGGCUGGGUUUAGGAAGAUGGUAAAAAGGCUUCCUCAAAAUAUCUCAUUUGAACAUGCUUGGGAGAUUCGGCCAUUGCAUAUGUUCUUCAAAAAUUGCAGAGAAUCUCAGGAGGAUAUCAAGGCACUCUUUACUGAAGCACUGACACUAUCGCUGAAGGUACUGCCUAAGGCUGAUGAUCCUGGAAAGUUUGUUUUUCCUUGUUCCAUUGCUGGAGUGGAAUUCAAGGAAGCUCUUUGUGAUUCUGGGUCUAGUGUGAACCUUGUCUCAAAAGCGAUUCUAGACGAGCUGGGCAUUGUCGAUGUUGAGCCUUCUCUGGUGACUCUGGCUUUUUCAAACUCUUCCAUGACAGUCCCUUAUGGCACAAUUCGCAACCUUCCUGUCCAAGUUGGAAACUGUAUUCUCCAUACCGAAUUUCAGGUUGUUGAGAUGAGCAAGGAUCAUGAGAUGCCUUUAAUCUUUGGAAGGUCAUUUAUGGCUACAGUAGGAGCAGUCGUCGACAUGCCUAAUAAGAGAGUCUCCUUCUCCAACAUCAACAAGAAGGUUUUCUACAAGGCUGUCCCAACCAGAUCACAAAUCCGCUAUGCCUCUUGCAUCUCAGUGGUUAGUGGAGAACAGCGGAAAAUUGUUCCUAAGAAGGAACUUGGAGAUAAGAGUGAGAUCAAAGAAGUCCUGGAAGGAGAUCCUCACACUGAUACAAAUAAACUCAGUUAG